AUGAGCCUCCUGGAUGAGGACCCUUUGGACAGGCUGCCUGAGAAGUCGACAGCAGUCACCUCCGCCAUCACUUCGCCCACAGCCGUGUCUCCAGGGGCACAGAGCCCAUCAGGCAUCCAGAGUCCCCCUCCCGAACCGCACACGCAACACCAGCACCAGCAUCCGCAUGUCGAUCAUGCCAAAGACAAACUCCGCCAUUUCAUCCACCCUGAUGGCCGGAAAAUCCACAUUGCCCACACGCCCGAAGAGCAUGUCAAACUCCAAAAGGAACUGAGCCAGCAGCAUGGCCCAGACGAAUUCGAUGUGGUGAUAUCGGGCAGCCCAGAACACCUCGCCGUCGUACGCGAACUGCACGCUCACCACACGGCACGACGCGACACGCUGCGGGAGACUCAUGGUGCCGUCUUCCACGAGUUCGAGAAGGUCAGAGACGAUCUGGACCAUCUGUCCAGCGAACUCAAUCAGCUGACUCACCAUGGAGUAGCCUUGGACGCCAACUUCAGCAAGUUCGGGUACACAGCGCGCAUUCGCACCAAAGACGACCACAGUGGCUCUUCGACACCGUCGCAUGCCUCGGCAGCAUCCAGCUCGGAGCAGACGCUGCUCGACAAGCACCAGAGCCGCGUCGUCGAUGGCAUGAAGUUCUUCAGACGGCCCGUCAUCCGCCAGUACUUCCACAAGGGCCUGCUGUGGCGGUCUGCCCGCAGUGGCGAGGUUGGCACUUUUGAAUUGUUCGCCGACUUGCUGUACGUUGGUAUCAUCGGCAUCAUUGGGGACAAGGCCGCAGAGGACCCGACCGGGAAGGCCUUCUUGGUGUAUGCCAUCAACUUCACCAUGGCCUUCAAGAUCUGGAAUGAUCUCACACUCGUCUCAAACUGGUUCGAGCGAGACGACGUCGUCCAAAAGCUGUCGGUUCUGCUCUACCUGGUCCUCCUCUUUGCCUAUACCACCAACAUAUCCUACGCGUUCGAGGCGCGACACCCCGGCGGAGAGUCCGACACGUACAUCCCAAUGAUGUCCUUCUAUCUCGCCGAACGCUUUUACGGCGCGUUGUACUUUACCUGGCUUUCGUAUGUCGUGCCCUUGAUUCGGGGAACUCUCUUGUACACGUCCUGCAUCAUCCUCCUCGCCAUCGUGUUUUGGAUCAGUAGCAUCCAUGUCAAUUACCCUGGCCAACUUGCUCUCAUCUGGAUCGCCAUCGUUAUCGACCUUUGGGGCCAGGGGUUCGGCAUGUUCCUUUCGCGCGCCUCUGCCCGACAUUUGCACACCCCGGGUGGUCGUAGGGAACGCUUCAUUCGGAAGUACUUUGAAUUCUACCCGGCUAUCAACAUCGAGCACCGUACCGAGCGCACCAACGCCUUUGUGUCGCUGGUGUUUGGCUACUCGGUGCUCACCAUUCUCUACCAGUCCCGCGCCAAUGUCGGCCUCAACGCCUUUCUGGGCAAAGGCAUCCUCGGGCUGACGCAGGCGUUCGCUUUUCAGUGGCUGUACUUUGAGAUUGACCAUCACGGGGUCCACGUGCACGCCAUCCGUCGCCACUGGCUCUCCAGCACCGUCUGGAUCACAUGCCACUUGCCCUUCGUGCUGUCCUACGUCCUGGCGGCCGCGACGCUGUCGAAACUCGUCAUCGCGCACGACUGUGCCAAUGCCAACAUCGAAGAUCUCGGCGAAUCGUACCAGCUGAAGUCGGUCGGGGACAUCGACGUCGGUCUCCGCUGGUUCUACUGCGGGGGCAUCGCCGCGGCCCUCCUCUCCAUGAACCUGCUCUCGUACUGCCACGUGCACAAGACGUUGGAGAACCCGCGGCUGAGGAAAGGUCCGCGCCUGGUGAUCCGAUCGUGCAUCGCGGUCGCCAUCCUCCUGCUCCCGCUCGCCAAGCACCUAUCGUCGAUCAGCCUGAUCGGCACGACGACGGCGCUGGUCUCGCUAGCCCUGGCCCUGGACAUCUUCGGCAUGUCGUGCACAGGCGACCGCUUCUGGACCGGCGGCUGGUGCGACGAGACCAAGCGCUGUACCCAGUACGAGGCCCGCAUCCGCUGCAGCCGCCGCAAGAAGCAGGAGAUCAUCAAGGCCAUGCACCGCGGCGAGACGGUGAGGCUCGAGGAGCUGCUCCGCCGCCAGAGCACCAACUCUAGCGCCAUGAGCAGCCAGACCGAGCUGGGCGUGAGCGAGAAGCUCGGCGACGAGGAGUGGCAGCACGCUGCGCUGUGA